AAAUGUAACUGCGCAAAAAAAUUAUUCAAAGUAGUUUAAUAAUUAUUUUUAUUAAUUAAUGAGUAUUUAUUACUUGUUAAUUAAAUAAAUAAAUGAUUAUUUUACAAAUAAAUUAAUUGUUACAUUGAUUUGGCCACGUGACGUUUUAAAUCGUUGGCGGGAAAAUUUAAACUUUCGUUGCAGCUGACAUAUGGAGACUGUAGAAUAGCUGACUGAUAAAGUUGGGAGUGAAUUAAAUUCAAUGAAGAUAAUUAGUGAUUAAAUAAUUAAUUAAUAUGGCAAGUGAUGAGCAUAAAAAAUUAGCAGCAUUAAUUAAAGACACCCAUAAUCGUUUGAGAGAAGAUUAUCGUAAAUAUGGAUCUAAUGAAGCCUGGGCACGUCAUCUUGCUAGAACUGAUGAUUUACAGAACUAUGCUGCGUCAAUGCAAGAAUUAGCAACAAAUCAUUGGAAUAUUAAUAAUAAUAAUAAACAAGUGACAGACAAAAGUAAUUGUCGCAUACGUUGGAUUAAAAAUAAAUGUCAUGAGUAUUUUUUAAAUGGAGGCAAAGAUAAAUAUAAUGAACGUGAGAUAGAAAUUAUGAAAAAAUUAAAUCUUGACGAAUUUAAUGACACACCUGAAGAAUUAUUGAGUAAAAAUAAUCGUAAAGGCAGCGAAUUAGAUAAGGAAGUGAUAAAAAUAAAAAUGCUGGACGUUGGUAGCUGCUACAAUCCUUUUGCUGAUGAUGAUAAUCUAGAUGUUACUGCCAUUGAUUUAGUGCCUGCAAGUGACCAGGUGUUGCAGUGCGAUUUUUUGAAUGUUGAUAUUGGAGAUAAGACACUGAGUAAUGAUAAGAAAGGGAUAGUGGAGUUUGAAAAGAAAUCAUUUGAUGUCUGUAUUUUUUCGCUGCUACUUGAAUACUUUCCGUGUCCAGAGCAGAGGUUCAGAUGCUGCGAGAAGGCUUAUGAGCUGCUAAAAGACUCGGGGUUACUGAUAAUAAUAACUCCUGAUUCAAAACACGUCAAUGCGAAUGCUAAAAUAAUGAAAUCGUGGCGAUGGGUACUAGCUAACUUGGGAUUUAUGAGAAUAACUUAUGAGAAAUUACAACACAUUCAUUGUAUUUGUUAUAGAAAAUGUGUAAAGAAAGAUACUGCUAUGAGAUGGAUCACAUUGCAGAAAAAUAUAUCUGCUGAUGACGUUUUAUUUAAUUCAAGUGGUAAAAUCUUUAUACCACAAGAUUUUCAAACAGUUUUGACGGAUGAUAAAGAAACUGAUGAUGUUAAGAUUGGGAAGGAAGAUUUAAUUAAUGUGUUUGAUGAACUACCAAAUUUAUGUGACAACUGA